AUGGAGCGGUUGAUGAGUUUAAAGCAAAAUAAGAUAAUGCUAUACUUGUGCGUAUCACUCAUAGUUAUAACAGUGCACCUAGUAUGUGUAGGUGCUUACUCCAGGGGUGCAGGAGAUGCGGCAUGUUAUAAUGGCGUGCCCAACCAUUUCAAUACAAAUGAACAGAGUGAUUUGUGUCCUUAUUCCAUCACAACUACACAGACUGCAUACUCACCAGGGGGCACUGUUGAAGUGACAGUGAAAGUGAGUGAGCCAGAUGUGGUGUUCAAAGGCUUUCUGUGUCAAGCAACUACUGUAUCUUCAGACAAAAUCAUUGGCACCUGGUUCAAUCAAGCUUCUGGUCCAAGUAAGCUGCUCAAAUGUGACAACCCCAACGAUUCAGUGACUCAUGUCAACAGUGGAGAGAAGACUUCAAUAACUCUAACUUGGAACGCACCCACAGAUAUAGUAGGGGAGAUACAAUUCAGAUGCACUGUGGUGCAGAGUUAUAAAAUAUACUGGGUGCACAUGAAAUCACUUGUCCUUGGACUACAAUAAUAAUUCAGCAAUACACGGAGGAGUCUUAAGACUGUAGACCUCUCCCUAUCUACUUCACCAACACACACAGUCUCUGGCCCGUAGCCAGAAUUUUCCAAGGGGGGGGUCACUUUUCCAAAAAUUCUAG